AUGUCUUUCCUCUUCGUCGAUGGCAAUCUUGGCGUUCCCCAGAAAGUGCUCUACAAGUUCUACAUGCUCGCGAUAUCCCCGUUUGCUCAGUCGUAUAAGAAGUUCAAAAUUGAUGCGAAGAACCGCAAUUCUCGCCUCGGAUCGGAUCCCUUGAUUUCUUUGUCUGCGGUACUGCUUCUCGCCAAUCCCGCUCACCAAUCCGCUCUGAACGCACGGAAACGCCUAGUAGAAGCUGACCUCAUCGAUCCCAAACACGACUUGAUAUUCACGGAAUCUCUCUUGACCCUCCGUGAUGCUUCAAAGCAAUCAAUUUUAUGGCACCAUCGUCGAUGGCUGUUACGGCGGAUAUUCCAACCGUUGACUCUAUCCCCAGCGGCGCUCAGCGAUGACGAUGGAAAUUCUCUCCAACAGAUUGCUAUGCCACCCGACGUCCUACAGCACGAAUUCAGCGUCGUAUCGCGAGCCUGCGAUACGUACCACAGAAACUACUACGCCAGGGCUCACGGCUUCUUCUGCCUUGAAGCCCUGAACGCAAUGACUCGUACUCAGACGCCAGACAAGAGAUACUCCGGCCUCCUUCAGGACGAAUAUCAAGCGACACGGACUUGGAUCGAACAACACGUAUCCGAUUACACGGCUGUGCAAUACCUACGUAGCGUGUACGACAUGUUGCUGCAGGACAUAUCCAGACGGGAAAGCGUACAAGAAGACGUAUCCAAGAGCGAGCUGACAUUCUUUGUUCAUGCACAACGGCUCGUUGAAGCAUACCCCGAUCAUGAAUCACUCUGGCUCUAUUUACGGGCUGCUGCGUGUAUUCUCGUUCAUUCUGGCGGUGAUAGCGGAGUAUCGCGGACGACAAUUUCUGAUAUUCACGCUUUCGCGCGUCAAUUCAUACAGGAGCGAGGAAAGUCUGCUUUUGGGAAUGGUCGCUGCCUCUCAGUCGCGAAUGAAGGUGCAGUCCGUAAUCUCGCUCACAGGUGCAUCGUAUGGCUAGAUGUCCAGAGUGGUGUAUGUGAUCUUGGAAGUGCUCGCGCCCGCAAAAUCAUCGCUGAUAACGACAGCGUCCUUACCCCAACCGAAAUCUGA